AGGAAAGCCGCUUACAGCCGUCGGAACUCGGAUCGUUAUGGCGAAAAAAGUUUCUUUUUUUACUUGAAACCACAAAGAUGAUUGCUUUGACCGAGACUAAUCUACCUGAUCUUACCCUUCUUUCAAGAGGAAAAGUGCGAGAUGUAUACAGCACAUCCUCACCAGAGCACUUGCUUUUCGUCGCUACGGAUCGGAUAUCAGCUUACGAUGUUAUUCUAAGGAAUGGCAUACCAGGGAAGGGAAAGCUCCUUACUCAAAUAUCUUUGUUCUGGUUCUCCAAGCUUGGCCAUAUCAUACCGAACCACUUUGUAACCGCCAAUAUCGAUAAAAUGCCAGAGGAAGUCAGAAAGUAUAAAGAUCAGCUUGACGGGCGUGCCAUGCUCGUCAAGAAAGCAAGAGUUGUUCCUUUAGAAGCUAUUGUUCGCGGAUACUUAACAGGAUCUGCCUGGUCGGAAUACAAGACAUCCGGAACAGUUCAUGGAAUACCUCUUCCUCCUGGCCUGGUUGAAUCUCAACAACUACCAGAACCCCUCUUCACUCCUUCGACAAAAGCCGAGCAGGGUGCGCAUGAUGAAAACAUAUCUCCUGAACAAGCUUCUAAACUCAUCGGAGAAUCUAUAUAUGCACAGAUCUCUCAAGCUGCCCUCAAAUUGUACUCUGAAGCAGCUGCGUUUGCACAUUCAAAGGGUGUUAUCCUAGCGGACACGAAGUUUGAAUUUGGACUCGUGCCGUCAACCAAAUCUCCCAAUGAAGAAACAUUAAUUUUAGUAGACGAACUUCUCACUCCAGACUCGUCGAGAUACUGGCCUCUGAAAGGCUACGAAGUUGGAAAGUCCCAGCCUAGUUUCGACAAACAAUACCUGAGAGACUGGUUGGUUGGUGUAGGUUUCAGGAAAGGAUUAGAGCGCGGGAAAGAAGGCGAGGAAGGUCAUGGUUGGACUAUUGACAGUUCCGUUGUUGAAGGUACUAGAGACCGCUAUGAAGAGGCAGUCAAGCUACUGACCGGCUAGUGUGACCGCGUUCUAGUUAUCUAUAUACGUACAGCAGAAGAUAAAUUAUGCAUUUAUUGUUAUAAACUAGAUUUCGAG